CUGCCCCUCGAAGAAGCGAGGCGAAUUUCAGUAUUAGAACCGGUAUUAGUGGUUUCCGGCUUGAUUUCUUCCAGUAAAAGCGAAACUCGUUCAGUUGAGGAAACGUCGCUCUGUCGAGACCAUUGAUCCCUUGGAGGAUCACUCGAGAAAGUUCAAUAGAACAUUAAAAAAACCGUUCAAAAUGAUAACACCAUCGACGAAGAGCUAGAGCUGAAAAUAACGCCCACACGUUAAAGAAUCUUUAUUCCUCAAGUACAACGAUCUUAUUUAAUACCUUUGAUGUGGAAAACCUGGGAAACUCGGGACCUUUGAUAACUGAAAACCGUGUUUUUUCAAUUAAACAUAAAAUCGAGUUCGCAUAGUGAUGGUAUGCUUUAAUGAAGGAGCAAUGAUGGCUAAAUAAAUACCAUAAGAUUCAGUGAAAUUUUGAUGAACAACUACUCGUUCGAUUUGUAAAGUCGAAUAUCAUGAUGACAGCGAUACCGUUGUAUUUUCUUCUCUUUCUUGGAGUAAGUUGUGCCGACGAGAAGGUGCGAUAUGAUGGGUACAAGCUGUACAAGAUUUUUGUCCCGGAUACCGCUGGCCUCGAGGUCGUUCAGCAGAUGCAAGACGAUGAUGGCUACAAUUUUUGGAAACAACCGAGGGUUAACGACACGAUGAACAUUUUGUUGUCACCGAAAAAGCUCGAGGAAUUCAUGAGUAUUAUUAACACAACGCAACUUGACCCGGAAUUGAUGAUGGACAACGUGCAGCAGUAUAUCGACAAUGAAAAUCCACGACGAAGCGUACGCGGGACGUUCGAUUGGCUGGGUUAUCACCGAUUGGACACGAUUUAUCGUUGGCUGGAUUCUCUUGUCACGCAACAUCCCCAAAUCGUCGAACCUAUAACGGGUGGCCGCAGUUAUCAGGGAAGAAGCAUAAGAGGUGUGAAGCUGUCUUACAAGCAGGGAAAUCCUGGCGUGUUUAUCGAAGGCGGGAUACACGCCAGAGAAUGGAUAUCGCCUGCUGUUGUAACGUACAUCCUGAAUGAGUUAAUACUCAGCGAAGAUCCCCGUGUCCGAUACAUGGCCGAGUCUUACGACUGGUACAUCUUCCCGGUAUUCAACCCGGAUGGUUACGAGUACACGCAUACCACGAAUCGACUUUGGCGUAAAACUAGGCGGCCGAGUGGAAGGGGAUGCAUCGGCGCGGAUCCUAACAGGAAUUGGAACUUCCAUUGGGCAGGGGGUGGAACCAGUUCGAAUCCAUGCAGUGAGAUCUACCACGGCAACAAACCGUUCUCGGAAAUAGAAACGAAAACCAUGUCGGAGUACAUCGACAGUAUUCACGAUAAGAUAUUUUCGUACAUAGCUUUUCACAGUUACAGUCAACUGUUGCUCAUCCCUUACGGCCAUACGAAUACAAGGAUCGAGAAUUACAACGAUUUAUUGCAGAUCGGGAACUACAGCAUAAACGCAUUGUCUAAAAGAUACGGAACGAAGUACAAAGUCGGGAAUAUCGUUGACGUGAUAUAUGUUGCAUCUGGUGGGUCGAUGGACUGGGUACGAGGAACAUACAAGAUUCCUGUAACAUACACGUACGAACUUCGAGACACAGGAAGAUACGGCUUCAUUUUGCCAGCAAAUCAAAUUAUACCCACUGCACAGGAAACCCUGGAUUCUUUGGUUGCCAUGUUCCAGCAAGCCGCGGUACUCGGAUACGGAGCAUCCAACUGACGAAUCGUCACAGUGAUGUUCAUCUCCAAAUAGAAUUUGACUUGCUGAUAUUUAAUAAGCAUAGUGUGCUUUAAUUUUUUAAUUUAUACUAUUAUAUUACUGUUACUGUAUAAUUUAUAUUUAUUGUUCGUAAUAUUAUAUUAAGUACGUCAUAAAUGUUACAAACCAAAUGUGCGAGAAACUGUUGAAACUAUAAAUUAUAAACUAUAAUAUUGUUAAUCGCAAUAACUAUUUAUCUGUUUAUUAUUUCAAGUGUAAAUAAUACCUAAUCUUCA